GUUCAAUUUUCGCAGCCUCGCAUGACAUGACGUCUCCCAAGCUCACACGCUUACAAUUGGAGAUAAGAUACCAAAAUCCAAGUACUACUUACUAUCUUAGGUACCUCUAGGUAGGUAUAAUACCUACGAACCCAGAUAGUCAAACCCGCGCAGACACGUCGCAAUACCAAUUAAAUGCUGCACUCUCCAUCCUGCCCCCUAAAAUGGCGCACAUGACCAACCCCCUCGCGACCGUCGACCAGCUAUACCAGCGGACCUCCUUCAGCGCGCUUCCCUCCGACCUCCAAGACGCCAUCUUCUUCACGACCCAAUGCCUCACCCAAGCCGCCGGCAUCCUCCUGCGCAUCCCGCAGUCCGUCACCGCCCAGGCGAACGUCAUACUCGCGCGCUACUGGCUCGUCGAGUCUCCCCUGUCCCACGAGUUCAGCGACACCUCCGCUGCCGCCCUCUUCCUCGUCGCCAAGCUCAGCGCGCACCCGUGCCCUCCCCGCGACGUCUGCAACGUAUACGCGUAUCUCUUAUCCCCGAGCUCCGUCCUCUUUAGAAGGAACAGUAAUAACGACAACAACAAAGGAAAAGAAGUAGAAGGUAGUGGCGGUAAUGGCGGAGUAGACGACAAAGACAAAGCCGACCCGUCAUCGUACUACCUCUCAGAAACCGCGUACGCGUCCUUCCGCACGCGCAUCCUCGCGCUCGAGGCGCGCAUCCUGUACGCGCUAUCGUUCGACACGCACGUGGCGCUGCCGCACCCCCUGGCCGUCACGUACCUGCAAGCGCUGGACUUCCUGGGGCUGCCGCGGGCGCGGAUCGCGCGGCGCGCCGUCGCGCACCUCAACGCCGCGCUGCUCUCGCCGCAGCUCCUGUACCUGACGCACCAGCCGCACGCGCUCGCCGUCGCGGCGAUCUACGCGGCCGCGCGCGACGCCGGGGCCAAGAUGCCGGACUGCGCCUGGUGGGAGGUGUUCGACGUCGACCGCGAGGAGCUCGGGUUCUUGGUCGUGGGGAUGCGCAGCCUCGAGGGGUGGGUGCGGACGCUGAAGGAAGGGGAUGGGGAAGACGGUGAUGGUGUGUUGGCCAGGGGGAUGAUUACGCGGGCUUAUGUGGAGCGGGAGAUGAGGAAGAGGGGAUUGAGGAUUGGGAAUGGGAGUGCUGGGGUUGGGGGUGAUGGUGAUGGUGAUGACGAGAUGGAGGACGAGGAGACAGCGCUUAUGCGGCAGAUGGAUGAGAAGGCGGCUGAACUAGAAGGCUAAAAAGGACGAAGUAAUGCCUAGAUGGAUUUCAAUGGAACACAAAAAGGGGUCAAGAGGGGGUCAAUAUUUACCAGUUAAUCCUAAUGACUUGAUUAUCUGGAUUUAUAAUAGGUCUCGAAAGUUGCAAAUGCAGACUGAAGUCGCAUGAAGAAGCUAUAGGAGUAGA